AUGUCAAUGUCGGGCCUGCAGACAAAGCUCAACGUCUCGAAAAGCAAAGACUUUCACGUCCGGACCUUAAGCAAGCUCUACAUCAUGAGGAAAAAACCCACAGAUUCGAACUCUUAUACGUUGGCUGUCGUCAGGAUAAGUGGCAAUUCUGGCGGUACGACAUCCUCAAAGUCAAACGAUGAGAGCAACGAAGUGAAGGCAUCAGAUCUGCCAAACGCUCUGAUAAUCUCCUCAUUCCCGAGCGGUCAUCGAAUAUGUGGGGUGCACCAGAUCCACGAUUGUGCGUGUUUUGGAUUGGCGCCAACGCUCACAAUCGCCUUUGCUUUGCAUGAUCUGUUUUACCCCCUACGGCCCAUCUUAUCCGGCUUCCUUUUCGACAUUUAUGGUUUAUUUUGGGUUUCCUCGUCUGCACUUGAAACCCAAAUCUAG